GCAGGACCUCGGGGAGAGCCAUGAAACUGCCGCUACUAGCCGACGAACCCUAUGAUUGAAGGUCAGCCAAUGAGAGUGCUGUGGGCGUGGCUACACCGGACAACAUCGCGCAAUUGGCUGGAGCUGAUUGAGAAGUCAUCAGAGGGUCCAUAGAGGCAGCUGAAGAGGACACUGAGGAGUACAGUAAUCUAGUUCCCAACCUCAGAGAUGGGGUGGACUAUAUUUCUAGCAGGAAGAAGAUGCAUCCGACCAUGGGGGCCUGAAGCUGGGCACAGGACACUGUGCCGUGCCUUUAUACGACACCUUUCUGCAGCUUCUAUGGUACAGGACUGCCCACCUCCUGUUCAGAAGCGUUCUCCGGUACGAAUUGGAUGUGCGUCUGGGUUUUGGGGUGACACUGCAGCUUCAGUUCCACAACUUCUCUAUGGAGGAAAAUUAGAUUUCUUAGUGUUUGACUACCUCUCUGAAAUAACAAUGUCUCUGUUGUCAGCAGCAAAAUCCAAGUCACCUAGCCUGGGAUUCACUCCAGACUUUGUGCACACAGCUAUGGCUCCAUAUCUCAAAGAUCUUCAUAAAUCAGGUGUUCGUGUUAUCAGUAAUGCAGGAGGAACAAACCCCCUCGCCUGUGCUGCAGCUGUACAAGAAAUAGUGAAGAAAAGUGGUCUUGAUCUGAAAAUUGCAGUGGUUACUGGUGAUGACUUAAUGGCACAGAAAGACUCCUUCAAGGAAGCAGGAAUCACAGAUAUGGAGAGUGGGAAGCAAUUUCCAGAGCAUAUUCAAAGUGUGAAUGCUUAUCUAGGAGCAAGACCGAUUAGCAGAGCUCUGGAUCUUGGGGCAGACAUUGUGAUCACUGGAAGAUGUGUAGACAGUAGCAUUGUGCUGGGACCUCUUAUACACUCCUUUGGCUGGAAGAGAAAUGAUUUUGACCUACUUGCUGCUGGAAGUCUCGCUGGUCAUCUGAUAGAAUGUGGUGCCCAGUGCACUGGUGGAAUAUACACAGAUUGGCAUCUGAUACCCGACUGGCACAACAUUGGCUUUCCAAUAGUGGAAUGCACCGCGGAUGGGAAGUUCUCCAUAUCAAAACCACGGGAUACUGGAGGUCUGAUCUCUUUUGGCACUGUUGCAGAGCAAUUAGUGUAUGAAAUUGGCGAUCCUGAGCACUAUAUUCUUCCAGAUGUGUCCUGUGAUUUCUCCCAUGUUUCUAUUACUGAAGUUCAAGAUGAUGAGGCAGUUGAGGUCCAGGGUGCUCGAGGAGUAGCACCGUCUUCAUCUUAUAAGGUGUGUGCCACAUAUCUAGAUGGGUACAGGGCCACUGCUGUAUGUGUCGUGGCAGGGCCGAGAGCAGCAGAAAAAGGAAGACGUACUGCUGAAAGCAUUCUCAAGAGAACCCGAGAUAUGUUUACGCAGCUCAGAUUGGAAGAUUACAGUACAGUACAUCUACAGAUUAUCGGUGCUGAAGACUCAUAUGGACCACAUGCCAGAGGCAAAGACCUUGUUCGGGAAGCUGUCAUUUGGCUUGGUGUUCAUCACAAACAGAAAAAAGCUCUAGAAAUCUUUGCAAGGGAGAUUGCACCAGCCGGCACUGGAAUGGCUCCAGGCCUUACUGCAAUUGUUGGAGGGCGCCCUCGAGUAUCCCCAGUCCUGAAACCGUUUUUCUUCCUGUACCCAAGGAAGGAUGUCAAGAUUGACAUUUUCAUGAAUGGAAAACAUAUAGAACAAUUUGUUGAUGAUCACUCUUUCACUGUGGACGAAUAUAUUGCCUUUGUACAGCCUCCAGUACCUGAAGUGCCUAAAGAUUUACCAAGUGGUCCUUAUUCCUACCGCCUUGGGGAACUGGCUUAUACAAGAAGUGGAGACAAAGGAAAUAAUGCAAACAUAGGUGUUGUAGCUCGUCACCCUUUAUACUACCCAUAUCUUAAACGAGCCCUUACAUCCCAAGUUGUAGAAGAAUAUUUCCAGCAUUUACUGCAGAGAGAUGAUGAAAAUGAGGAACUGGUGACUAGGUAUGAACUACCAGGAAUACAUGCCUUAAACUUUUUCCUGAGGAAUUCCCUUGGAGGUGGAGGCAUUGCAUCAUUGAGGAGUGACCCACAGGGAAAGGCGUUUGGACAGAUGUUACUUGACCUUGAGAUAAAAAAUGUCCCUGAUUUAAAAUCAUUGAUAGAUUAAUUACCCCUACCAUUUUAAUGUGCUAGUGCCAAAUUGUUUACUGAAGUCGAUAUAAUGUCUAAUACAUCGAACAGUGUUACUACAGCUUAUUGAUAGAGAAACGUUUUUACAGAGAAACAUAACAACCGGUUAAUACAUAAAAAGCAACUACAUUUAGUAACAGACAAAGUUCAUGUGUGUGCAACUAACUAUACUUUAUACUGUAUGGUAUUGAAGGCUUAUGGCAUAUU